GUCCUUCUCAUUUUUAGAUAGUGAAUUCCUGAGAAGAAAACAAUGAACUGCAUCUCAGUUGUUCUUUAAGUAUUUGGACUUAAAGGUGUACAAGUUUGUUGCCAAGACCAAAGAAGAUGGCAACCCCUUAUGUCCCAGUUCCGAUGCCAAUCGGAAACUCUGCUUCCAGCUUUACAAACAGCAGAAAUCAGAGGAGCUCUUCCUUUGGCAGUGUGUCAACAAGCUCAAACUCUUCCAAAGGCCAGCUAGAAGACUCAAGUGUGGGCACUUGUAAGCACACGAAUGUCCAGGAUCAGAUGGACAGCGCGUCAUCAGUCUGCGGCAGUCCUCUCAUUAGGACUAAAUUUACAGGUACAGAUUCGUCCAUUGAAUAUUCUGCUAGACCAAGAGACACUGAAGAACAGCACCCUGAUGCACUGAAUUGGGAAGAUAGACCCUCAACACCUACAAUUCUGGGUUAUGAAGUUAUGGAAGAGCGUGCCAAAUUUACUGUAUAUAAAAUCCUAGUAAAGAAAAGUCCAGAAGAAAGCUGGGUAGUUUUCAGAAGAUACACUGACUUCUCCAGGCUUAAUGACAAAUUAAAAGAGAUGUUUCCAGGCUUUCGAUUAGCACUUCCUCCAAAACGCUGGUUUAAAGAUAAUUACAAUGCAGACUUUCUAGAAGACAGACAAUUAGGACUACAAGCGUUUCUUCAAAACUUAGUAGCUCACAAAGACAUCGCUAACUGCCUUGCAGUGAGAGAAUUUCUUUGUCUGGAUGAUCCACCAGGUCCAUUUGAUAGCCUAGAAGAAAGCAGGGCUUUCUGUGAGACUUUAGAAGAGACUAACUACCAUUUACAGAGAGAACUACUUGAGAAGCAAAAAGAGGUGGAAUCCCUGAAGAAACUGCUUGGGGAAAAGCAACUUCACAUAGAUGCAUUAGAGACCAGAAUCAGAACAUUGUCCUUAGAACCUGGAGCAUCACUGUAUGUGUCGAGAGCAGAAGGUGGACAGAUCCUAAGGGUGGAGUCCUCUGUACUUCAAGUCAAUCGGGAUGUCUUGGAUGAAGAAUCUAGAGCUGAUCAUAAGCCACACUUCAACUCUAGAGAAGCUGGAAGUGCAAUAGCAGACAUAGAAGUCGCACAGUUGGCAUAUAAUGCUGAAGAUGACUAACACACUGGUGACUGCUCCCUCCAUUUCAUCAUUUUAGCAGAUUUCAGCAGAGUGGCAAAUGCCACCUUCAAAGACUGAAACAGAAGAGAACAAGAAUGCACGUGUAUAAAGUUUACAUAAUUUGUUUUUUUAGUUAUUGGAUAGGAACUGUAUUCACUGCUGCUUUCGAUAUCUUUUAUCCAGCGUUGUAUUUACUACAUUGAAAAAAAUAUACAGUUAGAAUUGUUAUCAGGGCCCAUGUUCUUAAAAACUUUACAUAAAUUAUUACAGUGUCUUGCCUGUAUAUUGCUCCAAACUACUGUGUUAGUGUAUAUGUGUGUGCUUGCUUGUCUUAAAUCACCACUUAUAUUAGGUGAAAAUUAAUUGCAUGUUAGAAUCUGGGUAAUUUCUUUAUCUCAGAUAUGAUAUAGAUUUAAAUCAGUGAACACCACAGGAAAGAUAAAUAAGAAUCCAGUUUGAAAUGUUAAUGUCUAUCAUCUCUAGAUAAAAGUUGCUUAUUUGAAAUGUUAAUACUAUUUAAAAGAAGAUGACUUUCUAGAACCAAAGAUAAUGUGUUUUGAAAAGCUAUAAUUAGAUAGGCAAAGCGAUAAAAUAGCCUUGAUUCAAAUGAUGAUUAAUUAAUGUCAAGAUACUUACUGUAAGUGUCCUGGUUUAUUAAUAUAUUAUACUUGGAUAUUUUCUGCAUAAUCUUCAUCUCAAUUUUCUACCCAUAAAUUCACUGGGGUUGCCUCAUUCAGAACACUACCUCUUUUUGCUAAUCAAGGCAUAUUCUUUUCAAAAUAAAUUACAGUUUUGAGGCAAGUGAGUUAUAGAAAAAGAAAAAAAAAUAACCGUAUAUACUGCAAAGUUCCCAAGUAGCUUGACUCCUGGUGUUCCAUAUGUAUUUCUAUGUAUGUAUGUGAAGAUGUUAUGCUGUACUAUGGCUGAUUUUGUUUAUAUGUAUUUAGCCAACUGAUGCACUUUAUGAUAAUUAAACUCAUUUGUGCCAAGUUCA